UUGAUAUUGUAAAAUUAAUAUUGCUCAGCUUUACAUGUCAGAAUAUGGUAGUUGACUUUGUGCAGUUGGUAAUGUUCAACCCAACUCCAACCCCAACGUAACUCUGAUCCCAUGGAAACAGGCAAGGCAACUUAACUCUAACCCGACUCUAACCCGACUCUGACCCGAUUUGGACCCUCGAUGGAGACGUAGUCACUGAGACUAAAAUUGCCGCGCAUGCGCGAAAAAACCCGUCCAAUAUCUCAUCACUGCGCAUUACCAUAGAUUAUAGCAUACGCAGAAAGAAUUAGAAUAGAUGCGGAAUACUGUGCGUAAACCCAAUUCGUCUAUUCAAUUAUACCAAAGUGUUGGUAAAUAAAUAGAUUAGAAUUAAUAAAACAAAAAUUCGAAAAUGAUUCUGAAAAGAACUUAUAAUUUAUUAACAUCAAGGCAAAAUCAAGUAAAUAUUCAGUUUUAUAGUAUAUUUCCAACAACGUACGUGAAACCCAUUUUUAAAAAAGAAGAACAAGAAGAGGUACAUGUAAGUCCAGAAGGAAAUAAAUUAUCUCGCAUACCUAUCAGACCAGCAUUAACUUCUGAUACAUGUUCUGAAUUUUACGAUGAAAUUGUUCGUAAAUUUACAAAUUAUAUUAUGAGGCAAGGCAAAAAAAUGGUAGCAAGAAAAGUAUUAGAAACAACUUUUGAAAAUAUUAAAAUAUUACAAUUAAAAAAGUACUAUCAACUACCUCCUGAAGAAAGAGAUAGUGUUAUAUUAGAUCCAAAAGCUAUUUUACAUGAGGCCAUAGAGAAUUGUUCACCAGUUUUGGAAUUAACAAAUGUAAGGAGAGGUGGUAUUCUUUACAAGGUUCCUAUACCGUUAAAUGAACAAAGAGCUAAGUUUCUGUCAAUGAAUUGGUUAAUUCAAACUGCAAAUGAUAAGCCAGAUACAGAUAAAUUUGUCGAUGUAUUAGCAAAAGAACUUAUUAAUGCAUCUAAUAAUGAGGGUAAAACUAUAAAAAAGAAACACGAAUUACACAAGCAAUGUGAAGCAAAUCGAGCUUUUGCACAUUAUAGAUGGAUAUAGAGGUACUGUAAACCAGCAUAUUAUUUGUAUAUAAUAGCAGAAUUUAUAUAAAUAAAUUACACAAUUUAUAAAAUAUCACCAACAAUA